AUGAUUUUUUAAUUCUCAUCCUAUAUUAAAGCAUGUCCAUCAAUUUUGGCUUUAUUUUUCUUUGUGCCAACUUUGAUAAUUAAUAAUUUUCUCUCUUAUAAUUUUAGAAAAUCCAGAAAAUUUGAAAGUUUUGAGAAAUUCACAAAUAGAUUCCAGGGUUAAAUGAUUGGAGAUUAGUAAUUUAUUCAAAAUUUGAUUGAGGACUUUGAGCUUCAAUUGUGCCUAUGUCAGCAUUAUCAAUAAUAGCCCAUUUAACAAAAACAAAUUUAGAUAAAAAUCUUCUGUUCUUCGAUUUGUACGUUAAAGUAAUUAUAUGGAUCACCUCCAAGAAGGGAAAAUGCAUAAAAGAAUUAUUUUCCAAAGAAUUCUUCAGUAGUUCCAAUCUAGUUGAAAUCAUUAAAGUGUUUUAAAGCGAAAGAGAUACUUUGCAACCAGUUGUCACAACAAAAUGAAUUGUAAUUUCCAUAAAAAUAAUUAUUUAAACCAAAACCAUUGGUGUAAUCCAUUAAAUUCAUUUGUUAAUUAAUCUAAAAUAUUAAAUUAUAAAAUUACUCUUGUUAAUCCAAGUUAAACUAAUUUUCCNAAGUCUAUCCGUCUAUGGGAUGUCUAAAAAGGAUAAUAAAAAGCCAAAUUAGAUGGUCAUAGUAAUUAAGUUAGGUCAGUCUGUUUAUCUCCUGAUGGAAAAAUAUUAGCUUCUGGUAGUCAAGAUAACUCUAUCCGUCUAUGGGAUUUAAAGACAGGAUAAGAAAUUUAAUCCUCUGAUAAAAACUACAAAGAUAUUUUUCAAUAAUUUAAAAUACCACUUUAGAAUAGUUCAUUAUUACCAAAUGGUAUUUUUUAUUUAUUAUUUUUUAGUUGAGCCAGAUCUUACUAUACUUAGGAUAUGUUAGAAUCUUUAAUUUGAAGCAAGAGGUACACUUAUCUUGUAAGGAAAAUUUAUAAAUCAAUCAGGUAUAGAUUUAAAAACUUUGUUUAAAUAAAAAGAAAGUUACUUUUUAGAAGACUUAUAGAAAAAGUGA